AUGGUCAAGAAGACAUCUUCAUGGAGCCAGGUUGUCAGUGGCAGGCCAACAAACCUCUCUGUUGCUUCAAGAAAUCUCCAACUGCAGGAUCUUGGAGCUGUAAUAUUUGGCUGCACAAACAGUACCAUUGCUGAGUGCCACGCACGCCAACUUUUCGGUUUGCCAAGAUCACAUCUCUCUUAUGUACUGAACAUCAAGGAAGGGCUACCUCUGUUCUUGUUCAAUUAUGAUGAUCGCAGAUUACAUGGCAUCUAUGAAGCUGCAGCCAAUGGCAAAUACUGUCCUGAAUCAAAUGCAUGGACACAUAAUGGCAACGAAAAGACAAACUAUCCUGCUCAGGUUGCAAUGCGGGUCAGAACGUGGUGUGUUCCACUAGAAGAAAGCAAAUUCAGGGAUGCUAUUAUAGGCAAUUAUUACCAGAAGUUGACAAGUAUCUAUGGCCAGAAGACCCAGAAGCCUCACUUUUUCCGGUUUGAAUUGGAUCAUACGCAAACACGUGCUUUAAUGGCCAUGUUUACUCCUUCAUCUUCUCCCAUCAAGUUCUGGACGCCUCCUGUUGCACAAACAGGUGGUGAUCAUGUGAGGGAACCAACACCACCUCCUGUGUGGGUGCAAAAAGUUGAGGGUGACAAUGAGCUCAAAUCAGAAAAGGUUUUAGUGUCAUAUGCAGAUAUGGUAAAGCAGAACAAGUUUGAGAUUGAGGGAGUUGGAACAGGAGAUGUGGACGAUGGAUGGAACAAUCAGCUCAAAACAGAAAAGGGUUUUGUGUCAUAUGCAGAUAUAGUAAAGCAGAACAAGCUUGAGGUAGAGAGAGUUGGAAUGGAAGAUGUUGACAACGGGCAUGCCAGCUCUAGCAAGGAAUCUUCUAAUGGCUUCGAUGAUCUUGAUUGCAAAGAGACACCCCCAGAGUGGGAGGAUCAUGCACUGUUCAAUAAGGAGGUUGAAGUGCAACAGCAGCAACAAUCUGCCCAGCUGGAUACUGAGCUUAGCUUCACGUUGGUAUUAGAGAAACUCAAGGCUCUAUCAGUCCAGCAGCUUAGUUCUGAUUCGUAUGCCAAUGGAGCUGGAACUGAACUCAUCGAUCCAUAUAGCUGCAAGGACAUGCAAGAAAUUAAAGGUGCAUUUCUUGAGGGAUACUCUACUUUGCCAGAAAACUUAGAUACCGAAGUGGAUCAACUUGCUUGGGGGCAUUCAUGUUUGCUACUCCAAGGAUUGGACUAUGAAUCAUGUUCAGAAGCUAAGUUGAUAGAUGUGGUCAAAGAGCUAUCUGACCGAAUAGAGGCGAUGGAGAAGAAACAGGUUAAGUCCAAUAAAGAAGUAAAAGACCUACAAGGAGUGAAUGACAGGUUACUGAAAAGAGUUGUUGAGCUAAAGAACACGGUGAAGAGUUUGAACUCGAAAAUAGAUCCUUUAUCUCUAGAUGAUUCACUAAACCAGUUUGUUGAAGAAUGUCUGGGUUCAGAAGAUGUCAUUUAUCUCAUUGGUGGUUUUGAUGGCAUUUCAUUUCUGCCAUCAUUAGACUCCUUCUCACCCUCCUUGGACAUACUAACACCUCUGAAACAAAUGACUGUUGGGAAGUCCUAUACCUCCACUGUUGCAUUAGAUGGCAAAAUAUUUGUUCUUGGUGGUGGUGAUGGCGCUUCCUGGUUUGAUACAGUUGACUGUUAUGACCGAACACGUGAUGAUUGGAUCCCAUGCCCAGCGCUGACUAGUGAAAAGGGCAGCCUCGCUGGAGUUAGCUUGUAUGGGAAAAUUUAUGCAUUUGGUGGUGGAGAUGGUAUUGGCUGUUUUUCUGAGGUUGAGGUGUUUGAUCCAGCUCAGGGAAAGUGGAUAAAGAGUCAGCCUAUGCUAGAAAAGCGCUUUGCUCUAGCAGGUGCAGAACUUAAUGGUGCUAUUUAUGCAGUUGGAGGCUUCAACGGCAUUCAGUAUCUGAGCUCUGCGGAGAGACUUGAUCCUAGGGAGCCUGAUUGGAAAAUGCUCCCAGCAAUGAGUACAGGAAGAGGUUGUCAUACGGUAGCAGUGCUUGAUGAGAAGAUAUACACAAUUGGUGGUUAUGAUGGUGAUGCUGGAGCAAUGACGGCCACCGUUGAGUUCUACGAGCCAAGAAUGUCAUCUUGGGUGAUGGCCGAACCAAUGAACUACACUCGAGGGUACCAUGCUUCAGCUGUGCUUGGUGGGUCGAUAUUCACUUUCGGUGGGGUCAAAGGUGAAGCAGAUACAAUCUUGGAUGUGGUGGAGCGCUACAAAGAAGGCUGUGGCUGGGUGAAUACCGGGAUGAAGUCAAUCGGACAGAGAUGCUACUGUUCUGCCAUUGUUCUCUGACCGACUCGCUUUCUCCAAUCUCCAUUGACACCGUGAACUUACUAUCUAUACUAGUAUCUAGGCUGCCGAAGUGCUGAUUAUAAGUGACCAGCAAGCAAACUGUUGAGACCUUGGAGGGUCCUCUUCUGUCUGAAUUGAGAAAGCCCUUGUCUCCUGAAUCGAGAAACCAUCAUCUGCCUAGUUUUCUUUUGUCUUUCUGGAUCUGAAUUGACAAUGCAUCAACAUACCAUUCGAAACCAAACUGAAAUGUGAAGCGAUGCCAACUUUAUGGAAGAACAUUUGAUUUAUCUAGUGUGCUUAUGGUCAUUUUUUUA